GCCGCAACCAAACAGAGUUGUCUUGUCUUGUCUCCUCCAUGUUUCUUUCUUGAUGCGUGCUUCUCCCUUUCUAUUGAGGAGCCCUUACAUCUCUGGCUAGCAAUCGACCGUAGUGCAAUCUCUGGUGCGUGCGAUUGGUUGGUAUUGAGAAUUCUAAGAAGCCAACACUUCCGUUGUUGAGAUUUAGGCAUCUUGAAGUUCAGCUGCUAUCGUGAUUUAGCUGCUGCGGAUCAGCCAUCUCAAAGCGCCAUCAAGCGCUUAUGAAUCAGUUGCUAUAGAGUGCGCGUUCGGAGCUCUGUGGCUGGAUCGAUCAUACCGUGCUUGCGACGAUCCGCCUGUCUCCUGCGACGAUCCGUCUGUCUCCUGGGUCCGCCUGCUUCUUGCGACGAUUCUCCUGUCAGCCGAUCCGCCAGCUGUGAUCUCAAAUCCGCUGGGCCCGCCCUACGGCGCUCAAAGAGAACAAGCCAGAGACUACGAUUUUUGAGGCGCCUUAAAACCCGAUCCGCCAGCUGUGACUUCAAAUUCGCGGGGCCCGCUCUACGGCGCUCAAGGAGAACAAGCCAGGGGCUACGCUUCCAAAAAAGAGCCAGUAUCAGGCACCAGAGGCAUCAGCUUUCCGACUCGCGGCAAUCCCGAUAAGCCAAGCUUGGCGCGAGUUCACAGUGAAAAAUCCAAGUCCCAAGUUUCAGGUCUCCGGGACUCAAGAUCUCGAGUCUCUUGGCACAGAUCUCAAGUCUCUUGGCACAGAUACCAAGUCUCUUGGCGCGUCACGGCUCUUGAGGCGGCGCCUCAGGAGCUCUCGUUGAGUCUGCGCGACUAUGGCUUCCGCCGCCCUCUCCGCUUCCGCCGCUUUCUCCGCUCCCGCCGAAACUUUCCGCCCGUGCGGGCACGCGCACGCGGACUCCGCAUCCCGCCUCUCCUCGCUCUCGACCCUCAAGGCCUUGCAAGAGCAUUCCCUGGGUAAUCUUCGCAAUUCCCCCAAUGCCGUGAGUGUAAAGCCCUUGGAAGUGGGAUCCAAGGGCGUUUCGAAGGGAUCUCACCAGCGAUUCGCGCAUCUUCGUCUGUCCGUGCGUGCCACGUCAGCAUCGUCCUUCCCCCCUGGCGGAUCCUACGGGUCAGCCAAUCGGAGUGCUGCAAACAGAUCUGUCUCGCCCCAGCCCCUCCUCUCCAAGCUGACGUCAGCAUCGCCAUGUCAAGGGUCCAGUCAGCAGUUGGUCGAGUUUCCGUCGAGCAGGCAUACUUUUGCCGCCAACGACGCGAUUGCCACGUCAGGGCCGGUCAGCAGCCCAGAAACUUUCGACCUGACUGCCCGUGGCGAGGAGAACGGCAGCAGCAGCACCUCGGGCAGCGGAGAUUUCAUUCCGCUGCCCGAAGGAACGUCGUCGCGGGCCAGAGUGGGGAUUCCCGCUUCAAGGGUUUUUAACAUGCAGCUGGAAAAACCGGUGGUUCGAAAUUCGCCCCUCUUAAACCCUGCCCGCCCCUUACGCCGUCCAAAUCCAAGUUCCGUAGUAAACCCCCGCCCGUCUAACUUCGCGUCGGUUUACAAGCCGUUCCAAGCGCGCGAGCUGUCGCCGCAGAGAGUUAGGCGGCCUUCGGGGCCGAACGAUGGAUCGGCGGAGAGUGACUGGGCGGAUAGGGGCGACGAGGGGUCAGGGUUUUACGGCAGCCGCCGCAGUGGUGGCGGUAGUACCAACAGCAGCAGCACAUACACGCGGAGGGGCGUCAGCAGCAGGGGCAUCAGCAGCAGCAGGCGCAGCAGGAUUGUCAAUUCCGGGAUCCCUGGGACCCCUGGCACCAACAGCACAACGGGAGGGCGUGCCGCUCCCCCUCUCUCCGUUGCUUUCCCCCACCCCCCUGUGUCCCCCCGCCCCCGUGUUUCCCCCCGCCCCCCCGCUUCCGCGGGGCAGAAGGCGGAGGCGCUGCGGAUUCUGAGGGACAUGCUGGCGGAAGCAGGGCGCAGGGAGGAGGAGAUGCGCGGGGGUCAGGGUUUGGGGUUUAAGGCGGGUGAGGGUUUUAGGGGGGCAGUGGAGUUUAGGGUGGGGGAGGGGGAGGGGGAGAAGGACGGGGUGGGGAGGAGGGGAAGGGAGAGUUCUAUGGGCGUGCGGGGGGGUAGGAGUGUGAUGGAUGAGUUGAUUGACUCGUUCGGGGGUGAUAACAACGAGGUGAAAAAAAGGGAGGUAGCUGAAUCAGCAGCAGUCUCACCCCCCGCAGCAGCACUAGCAGCAAUGCCACCAGCAGUGCCGGCAGCAGCACCAUCAGCAGCUGUGCCGAAGUCUGUCCCUGUGCCUCCUCGUGAAUCUCCCGUUCGGCUUCACUUCCCACCUGCUGCUCCUGCUGCUCCUCCUGCUCCUGCUGCUCCUGCUGCUCCUCCUGCUCCUGCUUCCGAGGUUUCUGUCCCUGUUCCCCCGGCUUCUCCUGUUCCUGCUCCUGCCGCAGAUACAGCUGUUUCUGUAUCUGACCUAGGUGCCUCUGCUCCGGUCUUUGAUUCGGAUCAUAGCCUGGCGGCUACGUCCGCACAUUUGAACCAGCAGCAGCAGCAGCAGCAGCAGCAGCAGCAGCAGCAACAGCAGCAGCAGCAUAAGGAGGAGGAGGAGAAGUUGCAGGAGCAGCAGAAGCAGAAUCUCCGCGUGGCAGAGGAUAAGCCAGCGACAGCAGCAGCAGCAGCACACCAGGAGAUCCUUCAACCGUCGGCUACAAUAGCACUGGAGGCACAAGAGACACACGAGGUACAAGAGGCGUCUAUCGUUUUCAGGGAAUUUCGGGCAAUGGAUGCCCGAGAAGUGGAGAAGGCAGAGGCGGAAAGAGCAUCAGAGGGGGAGACAGCAGAGGAGACAGCAGAGGAGACAGAAGAGGAGGAUACAGAAAAGCAGGAUGGUUUAGCACCUGUGACUCACCAUCGCCCUCUCCCUCACAAGGCGGACGAAGGCGAGGGUGAGGGUGAGUCAUCCACUGCAGUGCAACGGGUGCACGUGGGUGUGCCCCUGCCCAUUCAACUCGGCUCCUCCCUCCCCUCCCUCCAAGCCAAACCUUCCUUGGCUCGCAAGCCGGUUUUACCAAGUGCGCAAGUCGAGGGGCGCUGGGGUGAAUCAGGGGCUCGUCCUUGGGCCCAGCCGCACAUGCACAAGACCUCCGUGGCUGUUGCUUUUGUGCCUGCUGCCGCUGCUGCUGCUGCUGCCAAAGCCGCUGCUGCUGCUAGAGCCUCUUCAAUGGCGCCCCCUGUCGCUGUGUCUGCAGUGCCUGCUGAUGUAGCUUCUGCUGUGCCUCCUCGUAAGCCUCUUGCUCCUCCUCCUGCUGCUGCUGCUGCUGCUGCGCCUUUUCCCUCUCCCCCUCCUGUUUCCGCUCCUUUCCCCUCUCCUGCUCCUGUUGCUGCUCCUCUUGCCUCUCCUUCCGGGGCUGAAACUGCUGCUGCUGCUGCUGUCCCGCCUGCUCCCACUGCUGCUGUUGAAUCUCCUGCGUUGCCUUUCGAACCUAGCACGGACACAGCAGCAGCAACACUUCCCAAACCUGAGCCACCGAGCCUCGCUGGACCCGAGCCUGAAUCGGAGGUUCGGCAAAUCAGCAACACCCUGGUUGGCCAAUCCGAGGACGUGCCUGUGCUGCAGGCUCGGCCCAAGCCUGUGAGGCCCAGAACUGGUUCGGGCGAGGCUCGGGGAUCUUCUGCUGCUGGGGUUCUGUCUGCCGGACCUGUUCGGAUCUUCAGACCGCUAGGUACAGUCAAGGAGGAUGCCUAUACAGAACGUGUUUAUAACGAAGCAGGAGCUCAGGCGAGGGGAAGUGCCUAUAGUCCAGUGCACGUUCAGCCUGCAGGGGGUGCUUGUAGUGAAGGCCACGUGGCAGAUAUGGGAAGGAAAGAAAUGGAGAGAGGAGGAGGAGGAGGGGUGGGAGAGGGAGAGGAGCAAGGGGAAAAAAGGGGGAAUGAAAGAAGGGCAGAGGGAGAGAGGGGGGGAAUGGUGAUGGCCGGGAGGAGGAGGUGGAGGAAGGAAGGGGGAGUGUGGAAACUGGAAGGGGAAGGGGAAGGGGAGGGAGCAGGGGGAGAAGUUGAGGGAGGGAAAGAGGAGGGGGGGCGGAGAGGAAGUAGUGUGGAUGCGGGGGUUUCACAGAAGGAACCCAAUGCGGUAACACAUUCCGUUUUGGGCACAGGAAGGGUUACAGGAGGUUCGGUGGAGGCACGGGUGAGAGCCGGGGAGGAGGUGAGACGGCCGGAAUGGGUGGGAGUGGGGGAAGGAGUGGGGGAAGGAGUGGGGAGAGGUGAAGAGAUGAGGAGGAAGAUAGGAGGAGUAGCAGGAGCAGCAGGGACAGGAGGGAGAGGAGGGAGAGCGAGAGAAGAAGCAGCAGCUGCUGCUGCUGCUGCUGCCACUAUUCCAAGAUCCGCCUUUUCCAAAGCCGCUGCUUCGAGACCAGGCCUUUCUAAAUCGGCUGGUGCGAAAGUAGCUAGGUCUAAAACGGGUAUAUCGGGAGCAGAGAAGAGGGAGCAUAGGCGGACGAGCAAGACCGAGAGGAGAGCAGCAAGAGAAGAAGCAGCCAAAGCAGCCGCACCGACACGAGCCGAGAUAGUCGAAGUGGGGAGGGCAGGGAUGGCGGUUAAAGAACUAGCGGGGCUGUUGGCAGUAGGGGAAGGAGAUAUCGUCCGUGCACUGUUCAUGAGAGGCGUUAUAACGAACGUGAAUCAGGUUCUUGACGAGGAUAUGGUGGGCGUGGUUUGUGGGGAGUAUGGGGUGGAGGUGCUGGGGCCUCAGGAGGGGGGUGUGGAGGAACGGGCGAGGAAGGUUCGUGAGUUCGUUGGGGAGGAGGAUAAGGAGCAUCUGGUGGUGCGGCCGCCGGUCGUGACCGUGAUGGGCCACGUGGACCAUGGAAAGACGUCACUUCUUGACUACGUUCGGCACACAAAGGUGGCAGCAGGGGAGGCAGGGGGGAUCACUCAGGCCAUUGGGGCGUACCGAGUGCACGUGCCCUCUGCCGCGGGGAGUGCUAAUGGUGCUGCUGCUGGCGCUGGCGACGGUGCUGCUGGUGCAGCAGACAGCAAAGCAUUUGCAGAGAGGGUUGCUGCCGAGACGUGUGUUUUUCUUGACACACCGGGACACGAGGCGUUCAGUGCAAUGCGUGCGAGGGGAGCUCGCGUGACCGACAUAGCAGUGGUGGUGGUGGCAGCGGACGAUGGGGUCAUGCCACAGACCACAGAGGCGAUUGCGCAUGCCCGUGCCGCUGGUGUGCCGAUGCUGGUUGCCAUUAACAAGAUAGACCGCGAGGGAGCGAGUGUGGAGAGGGUAAAGCAGCAGCUGGGGCAAGCCGGGGUGUUGCCAGAAGAAUGGGGGGGGGAUACUCCCAUGGUGCCGGUCAGUGCCAAGACAGGAGAGGGCGUGGAUCAGCUGCUGGAGACAAUCAUGCUGCUGGCAGAGAUCCAGGAGCUAAGGGCGAACCCCAACCGACCAGCUGUGGGCACGGUGAUAGAGGCCCGGCUGGACAAGCAGAAGGGGCCGCUGGCCACGCUGCUGGUGCAGAAUGGGACGCUGAGGCGAGGCGAUGUGGUGGUGUGUGGGGAGGCCUACGGCAAGGUGCGUGCUCUCAUAGACGACACUGGCACCAAGACAGGAGCAGCAGGCCCAUCCAUGGCAGUGGAAGUCCUCGGUCUCUCAUCCGUGCCUAUAGCGGGUGAUGAGUUCCACGUGGUUGCAUGCACCGACACUGCCAGGGCAUUGGCAGAGGAAGCUGCUGCGAAGGCGCGGGCCGCUCGCCUGGCCGCGUUACAAGGAGAGGCGAAAGUAACGCUCUCUGCUUUCGCCACUGCCUUUGGUGCUUCUGGUUCUGGUGUUGGUGCUGCUGCUGCUUCUGGUGCUGCUGCCUCUGGUGCUGCUGGUGGCGCUGCUGCUGCUAGUGCGACUGCUCUCAACAGUGCUGGGGUGAUUAGAGGAGCAAAAGGAGGAGCAGGAGGGGGGGGAGGAGGAGAGGAGAAGGAGGAGGUGGAGGUGCAUGUGGUGAAUGUGAUUCUAAAGGUGGACUGCCAAGGGUCAGUGGAAGCCAUUCGAGAGGCCCUGGCUGCUCUGCCCCAAGACGCCGUCUCCUUGCGCUUCCUGCUGCAGGCCCCUGGUGACGUGUCAAGCAGCGAUGUUGACCUCGCGGCGUCCAGCUCAGCUGUGGUCUUGGCGUUCAAUGUGGGCGUGCCGGCAGCAGUGGCGGCAGCAGCGGAGGAGAGGGGCGUGCAAGUGAGGCCGUACCGCGUGAUCUACGAUGUGGUGGAGGAGGUUCGGACGCUUAUGGAGGGGCUGCUCGAUACUGUAGAGGAAAGUUCCUUGCUGGGUCGCGCAGAAGUGCGGGCGGUUUUCGGCACCGGCAGCACGCGGGUGGCAGGGGUGAUGGUGACAGAGGGCAGGCUGCAAAAGGGAUGCACAGUUGUUGUGCGGCGCGGUGGGGGGAAAGGCGGCGGUGCUGCUACUGCUGAUGGCAGUGGCAGUGGCAUGGCUGGUGGUCCUAGGAAGGGCGAGGUGGGGAAGGGGAAGAGGGAGAAGGCGAGUGAGGCGGCACCAGGAGGCAAGCAACAACAUUUGGAGGGUCGCUGGGUGCAUUCAGGACAGGCGACGUCCCUUCGACGGGUGAAGGAGCAUGUGGCGGAGGUGGUAACUGGGCUGGAGUGCGGUGUGGGUGUGGAUGGCUUUAACGGGUGGCAGCAGGGUGACUGUAUCGAAGCCUAUGAGGUGACACGCAGGGCUAGGACACUAGAGGAUGCGUCAAAAGAGCUUGCACGAGUGGUGGAGGGGAAGAAAGGGACAUUGGGAAUGGUUUUGACUUAGGGCGGAUUCCUACAGCUGGUGUUAGACAUGACCUUGCAUCAGACUGGCGACAAACCGAGACGCACUGCAUGGAAUAGAAAGAUCAAAUCUUUGCACCGGGCAGGACUGCACGAGUCUGACGCGAGGUCCAAGGAAUGAUCCCUUAGAGCACGCACGGUGUCUAUUGAAGCAUAUUGCAUGAGGCUACAACACCCAGCAUAUGCCUAAGGUCCUUGCAGGAGUGGAGUAAUUCGCUUGUGGUAAUC